UAUUAGACUCAGUCUGAAAGUGACGAACGUAGGUAUCAGUGUAGCGCGCGGCUACGCACGCGCUUGUACGGCUCGAUGGAAAAUGUAAAUAACUAUAUAUAUUAAUAAAAUAAAAAAAUAGUGUAGAAAAAAAUAUUCAUAAAAUAUAGUGAAACAAAAAUAUAAAGAUGACGACACAAAAAAGUACAAGCAAGCAGAGGUUGCCUUCUGAGAAGAAAGUGCCGAAUUUGUUUUCUCGCCUGUGGUUUUGUUGGAUGUUUCCAAUGUUCUACAAUGGCAACCGACGGGACCUCGACGAGUACGACUUGCAGCCGGCCAGGAAUAUGUAUGACUCUAAAUCCGCCGGGGACAAGUUGGAACGAAACUGGCUGGCGGAAGAACGCGAUGCCAAGGCAUCAGGGCGGAAGCCUUCGUUCACGAUGGUACUGGUGCGGACAUUCGGCUGGUCUUUCGUGCCUGGUGGACUUAUGCAGCUUCUUAACGUCAUUUUAAGGACCUUAUCGCCGCUUCUCUUCGCGCAGUUGUUGAGCUUUUGGUCAGCGGACUCGACGAUGGACCGCACCACAGCUACCUACUUUGGCCUCAGUAUGAUCGUUACCAACUGGUUCGCCGCCUUCUUCAACCAUCACGGCAACCUCUUUUGCCAGCAGUUCGGAAUGAAGCUCAGGAUUGCCACAAGUUCUCUCAUGUUUCGAAAGAUAAUGCGGAUGAACAACGGUUCCCUCGGCGAGACGACUGCGGGGAAGGUAGUGAACAUCUUAUCAAACGACUUGCAGCGGUUCGACCUGGCGUUCCUGUUCAUGCAUUACAUCUGGAUCAUCCCCAUACAGAUGAUCGCUGUCUGCUACCUGGGGUUCAUGCAGGCUGGAUACGCCGCCUUGAUUGGCAUUGUUGCCUUGAUCCUCAUCGCUCUACCUAUACAAGGUGUUCUCGGUCGAGUUUCGGGCAAAGUGCGUUUCCGCGUCGCUGAGAAAACAGAUGACAGAAUCAAAGUUAUGAGUGAAGUUAUCAACGGAAUACAAGUGAUCAAAAUGUACGCGUGGGAGAUACCCUUCCAAAAGGUUGUGGGCGAGAAGCGGCUGGCGGAGCUGCGGUGGGUGAACACGGCAACAAUCCUGCGCACAGUGUUCCUUGGGUUCAUGGUGUUCACCGAGAGGACCGCCCUCUUUAUUGCCAUUCUCACCUACGUACUGCUCGGCAAUUCCAUGUCGGCCAACAUUAUCUAUCCACUCCAGCAGUUCAUGAACGCAGCUCAGAUAAACAUAACUCUGAUACUGCCGCUGGUGAUCUCUUUCACUUCAGAGUUGUUCGUCUCCUUGCGAAGAGUUCAGGAGUUCCUUAUAUUAGAUGACCGUCCCGACUUACUGUCUUCGUGGGCGUUUGAUACCAACCUCUUCCGCAACAUGUCGAGCUUCAGAGCGAAAGAGAAGGCGUCCAUCAGACCACUCUCCUACCAGCCGAAGACUGACACAUACCUUAGUAAUGGAACACCAGAAAUUGACGUUAAAAAUAGAAGAGAAAAGUUCACCCGAAGCUUGUCCUUCCCUGGCGAAGUGGCUGUGGAACUUCAGAACAUUACAGCCAGUUGGACCAAUGACCCAAAUUUCUUGGCGCUGAAGAAUCUUUCGCUCAGAAUACGGAAAGGAAGACUCUGCGCCGUCAUCGGUGCGGUUGGUUCUGGCAAGUCUUCGCUGCUGCAACUGCUGCUGAAGGAGUUACCAGCGAUGUCGGGAUCAGUAUCCGUUCAUGGGAAGGUCUCGUACGCCUGUCAGGAAGCAUGGCUGUUCCCCAGCACUGUUCGAGAAAACAUACUAUUUGGUCAGCCAUAUGACGCCGAAAAAUACAAAAAGGUGUGUCGCACGUGUGCGCUGGAGAAGGAUUUCAAGCAGUUCCCCUACGGUGACCAGACGCUGGUUGGGGAGCGGGGGGUGUCCCUAUCAGGGGGCCAGCGAGCCAGAAUCAAUUUAGCCCGCGCCGUCUACAGAGAGGCAGAUAUAUAUCUUCUGGACGACCCGCUGUCGGCCGUGGACGCGAACGUAGGCCGGCAGCUGUUCGAGGGCUGCAUCAACGGAUACCUGCGCUCGCACACCAGGAUCCUCGUCACGCAUCAGAUUCACUUCCUCAAGGCCGCCGAUUACAUCAUCGUACUCAAUGAGGGCGGAGUGGAGAAUAUGGGCACCUUCGAUGAGCUCGUAUCAACAGGAAAAGAAUUCGCUACGAUGCUGGCUGCUUUGCAAGAAGGCAAGGAUAAGGACAGCGACAGCUUAAGCUCGGCUGGUAGUACAGACUCCAAAGACAAAAAAGUUCUUACGAGGACAAAAUCUGUGAGUGAAAGCGAGAAGGAGCCAGAGUUUGAGGCUCAGAAGAUGAAGGCAGAGGAGCGUCAGUCAGGCAACCUUCGCUGGGCGGUGGUGUCAGCGUACUUCAGGAGCGGAGGCAACUGGUGCUUCGUCCUGUUCACCAUGUUCAUGGUCCUCAUAGCUGCUGCAAGCGCCGCUGGAGCUGACUUCUGGGUCAGCUACUGGUCUAACCGAAUGGCGGAAUAUGAAGAAGCCAUGGCUGGAGAACCAAUAGACCCCGGUCUGGACGUAGUGGUGGGUAUGUUCACGACGGGUCAGUACCUCAUCAUCCACGGGUGCAUCGUCCUCUCGUGUAUUCUGCUGACGCAGCUGCGAGCCAUCCCCUUCGUCAACCUCUGCGUCACCGCCUCCAACAACCUCCAUAACAGCAUGUUCUCCAACAUGCUUAGAGGAAUCAUGAGGUUCUUCGAUACCAGCUCUUCAGGUCGCAUCCUAAAUCGUUUCACCAAAGACAUGGGCGCUCUAGAUGAGAUUCUUCCGAGGACUUUACUCGACGUCCUGCAGAUUUAUAGCACUUUAGUCGCCAUAUUGGUUCUAAAUGCACUCUCUCUCUACUUUACAUUGAUUCCUUCAGCCGUACUACUGAUACUCUUCUUCCUGUUCGUCAAAGUUUAUCUUAAGAUGGCUCAAGCUAUUAAACGUCUCGAAGGCACAACGAAAAGUCCAGUGUUCGGCAUGGUGACGUCGUCUCUCAACGGUAUGGCGACUAUAAGGUCGUGCGGUGCGCAGGACAGACUGAUUAGCGAGUUCGAUACUCAUCAGAAUCUACAUACAUCAGCGUGGAACGGAUACUUAUGCGGCGGGGCCACAUUCGCUCUCUAUCUGGACACCAUGUGUCUUAUCUAUCUCGGAACUAUCAUCUUCGUCUUCCUGUACCUUGACUUUGGUAACCUGGUGGCAGUGGGCAGCGUGGGGCUGGCAGUGACACAGAGCAACACACUGACUGCCAUGUUGCAGCACGGAGCGCGUAUGCUCGUCGAGUUCAUCGCACAGCUCACCAGCGUCGAGCGAGUGCUCGAGUACACCAACAUUGAGAACGAACCUAACCUCUUUGAAGGACAAAUAUCUACCCCGCCGACUUGGCCAUCGGAGGGCAGGAUAGUAUUCCAAGAUGUGAACAUGCGGUAUGCUCCUGAGGAGCCCCCUGUGCUGAAAAACUUGAACUUGACCUUCGACAGUGGGUGGAAGGUAGGUAUCGUCGGCCGGACUGGCGCUGGCAAAUCUUCUCUCAUCUCUGCCAUGUUCCGGUUUGCGUACAUCGAAGGGAAAAUAUGUAUAGAUGGAAUAGAUACUAGUCUUGUAUCCAGACAGGGUCUACGCUCGAAAAUUUCAAUAAUCCCUCAAGAGCCUGUCUUAUUCUCAGCUACAAUUAGAUAUAAUUUAGAUCCAUUUAAUAUCUACAGUGACGACGAUCUAUGGAGAGCGCUCGAACAGGUUGACAUGAAGUCAGCGGUUCCUUCCUUAGACUUUAAAGUGACAGAGGGUGGUUCCAACUUCUCCGUUGGCCAAAGACAGCUUAUGUGCUUAGCACGAGCUGUGCUCAGGUCAAAUAAGAUCUUGAUAAUGGAUGAAGCUACUGCUAACGUCGACCCUGCGACGGACAACUUCAUCCAGCAGACGAUUCGACGGCAGUUCGCGUCGUGCACCGUGCUCACUAUUGCUCACCGGCUCAACACCAUCAUGGACUCAGACCGCGUGCUGGUGAUGAGCAGCGGGCAGGUGGCGGAGUUCGAUCACCCCUACAUCCUGCUCUCAGACCCCAACAGCGCCUUCUCCUCCAUGUUGCGCGAGACAGGCGAGAAGAACGCCGCUACACUCAUCAACGUUGCCAAAGAUGCUUAUUUCAAAAGUAACCUGAAAGAACACGGAGAAAGAAUUGAUCGUUGAAGAUGAAGUAAAGUUUUGUGGAUUAACUGUACAAAUCGAAUCAUGUGUGCUUAGAUCACAGUGAUUGAUCAUCCAAAUAUAGAUAAAUAGAGUAGGGACCUAGGACAAUUAAUAAUGUACAUUGGUGAAAUUUGUAUUUAUAAUUUCCGAUUAAGUAUAAAAUUUUAUAUGAAAAUA